UUUACACACCUGCACGGGUUGCGCUUACUUUUUUCCCGUGAACUCUGAAGCGCUUCCAACCUGUUAGUCGAGAUCACAUCAUCAGCUCCAUCCUGAUCGGACCUGAAGCUAUGGAGGACGGAGGGAGUGAAGGAGUGUCCCGUCAGCAGCCGGAGCAUGUGGAAAUCUCCAUGGACGCCGUGUCCACCAGCGGGGAGGACGACAAGGCUGGCGCGCGCGCUGCACGCGCGCCCCUGAGCGCUCUGGAGAAGCCGCCGUACUCGUACGUGGCGCUCAUCGCCAUGGCCAUCCGAGAGAGCACGGAGAAGAAACUGACGCUGAACGGCAUCUACCAGUUCAUCAUCUCUAAGUUCCCUUACUACGAGAAGAACAAGAAAGGGUGGCAGAACAGCAUCCGCCACAACCUCAGCCUCAAUGAGUGUUUCAUUAAAGUGCCCCGGGACAGCAGCGGAGGUGGAGGAGGAGGAGGAGGAAGAGGAAGAGGAGGAGGAGGAGGCGGCAGUGGAGAGAAGAAGGGCAACUUCUGGACGCUUGAUCCCGCUUUCGAAAACAUGUUCGACAAGGGCAACUACCGGCGCAGGAGGCGCGUCAGGAGACCUUACCGAGCACCUGCGUUACCCUGCAUACCGUCUGUGAGCUUCUCCGAGCCGCUCUACUUCCACCAGGAGCCUGUGUACUGGCAGAGCCCGCUAGCCGGAGGCGCAUGGAGCGUGGUACCUCAGCCCGGCUCUCACAGCGCGGUCUCAGCCUACAGCUUCCACAGCAGCGGCAACGCGCGUCCCUCAUCUCCCAACAGCUAUGCCAGCUCCCCCGUGACUUACUACCACUCUGCGAACAUCCACCCGUCCUACGGACCAUACCAGCGGCCAUACCACGCUCUCGCGCCGCACAGCGGGCGCACUAUGUGCGGUGCUUCCUCUCCGGAGAGUCCCGGCGGAAGCGCUGUUCCCAUCCCCAGCUACACCCCGCAGCUCCCGUACAGCCAGGCAGACCUGCAGCACUGCUUCGACUGAGAAAAAAAAAGAAAAAUAUAAGAGGUUUGGGUUCAAACUGUUCAGAAAUGUCGCUGCAGGACGAGUUAGUAAUCCUGCUUUUCCUAAAAGUGUGCUCCGUUUGCAAUGCGCUGGUUUUACGCAUAAACAACAAAAGCUUUAAAAAGAGUCGAUUCGUCUUUGCUGAAAUCGAUCAGUGAGAAAGCUGGUUCAGAAAGUGUUCACUGAUUGGGGAAAUGUAAUAUAUGUUGGAACUGAAUCCAGACAUUCAGUGUAUGGACUUGGCUUCUUGUUCCCUGUUGGUUAAUGGUUACAGCUCUUAUUUUUCUAGAUGUACUGCAUCCUAAAUGUUCAGAAUAUAGCUAUUUUUCUAAUGUUAUUUAUUUUCAGGUUUUAUCCAUUCCAUCUUUGUGUUUUGGUUCAGUUUUUUAUAUGAUGUCUGUAAGGAAUUUAGUUAGAAAUGUAGUUGAUUGGUUAGAUGUUGACUUUAAUAUUGAUUAGAUGAUAAGCUGUUGCUGUGAGUCCAUUAUUGUUAGUUUUAUAAUAAACAGAACUGUUGUCUGUCA